UCAUGCAGAUGCGAAUAAAUAAACUCAAGUAAUUGCAUAAUUAAGGCACAUUAAGAUCAGGUUAAUUAAAGAAUUACAACGAUUGUUUGCAAAUCAAGCAAUCUUUGAUAUUGUUUGUUGUCAUUAUUUCAAAUUUGAAUAGUUAUGAGAAUUUUGUUUUUCUUCUGACGCGUGGAAAAUGUCAGCCUGUCUCGCAAGAAAUCAAGAAAUUCGUAGUCCCUUUCCGGUUUAAAUCAAUAAUCCGCGUUUCCCGCACCAAAAAAAAAUAAACAAAUAAACGCAAUUGAACAAGAAAUACGCACGCACCAGUAAAUCCAAGGAAUCGCGCCUAGUGUAAUUUUGCAAGUUAAUUGUAAUUGAGAAGUGAACUGAAACAUGUCAAAAUUCAACAAGAAAAUGAGGUACGGCAGUGAGCACGGGACUCACCGUGAGAUUCUUCGCAACAUGGGAUACACACUUGGGAAGACUAUCGGGGAAGGGACUUACAGCAAGGUGUGCGUGGCUAACCUCUUCACGGAGGAAAUCAACGCGAAGGUGGCUUGCAAGAUCAUUCACAAGAAGAUGGCAGGAAGCGAAUUCAUCAAAAAGUUUCUGCCACGAGAACUCAGAAUUAUAAAAAAUCUGCAACAUCCGAACAUCGUGCGCGUCUUCAACAUCAUCGACCUGCACGACGCUAUAUACAUAAUCAUGGAUUAUUGUCGCAACGGGGAUCUUCUGGAGUUCAUACGAGAGUCGGGGCCGUUGGAUGAAGAGCUUUCUCGUAUUUUCUUUAGGCAAAUCGUAGAUGCAGUUGAUUAUUUGCACGACUUGGAGAUAGCACAUCGCGAUUUAAAGUGCGAGAACAUCUUAAUCUCCAACAACAACGUGAUCAAAUUGGGUGACUUUGGUUUCGCAAGAUGCUGCGUAGAUGGGAACGGAGAUUGCCUUCUCUCUGAUACUUUCUGCGGAUCCGCAGCUUAUGCAGCGCCCGAAAUCAUUCAAGGUAUACCUUAUUAUCCAAAGAUGUACGACAUCUGGGCUUUGGGUUGUAUCCUUUACAUAAUGAUAUCUGCAACCAUGCCUUUCGAUGAUUCCAACGUUAAAAAGAUGCUUCGGAUCCAGCUGAACCGAUCGCUGUGCAUGGCCGCCUUUAAAAACUGGAAGAAACACUGCAUCCAUUUGAAGAAUCUCAUCGCGUGUCUUUUGGAGCCGGACGUUGCUCGGAGAGCAACGAUAAGGCAGGUGGUAAAUUGCAUGUGGCUGCAGGAGAAGUGCAACAAGCUGACCCAUCCUUGCGAUUACUAGUAUUCCUUUAACUUUGUCUGUGUUCGUUACUCUGUGAUAGUUU